CAUCCGUAUCAAGGUGUCCAGCCGGUCUAGGAUAACGUGACCAUUCGUUGGAACUACCUCAGCCGGUCAAGAUGCAGAAAUCUUUAGUGAACCUCUUUUUUGCGAUUGUUUGCGGGGCUACAGUUGCUUCCGCGUUUCAUUUACAAAGCGAUCCGUCCCAAAUCGCCCGAGUGUGCUCGGGCCGAAUAAAUCAGAUCUGCCAGUCAGCGGGGAUGAGAUGCAGAGCAAAUCAAGCGUUCGAUGCCGACAUUCCUCACGCGGUCUGUGAUAGGCUGAACGGCAGGACACGUGGUAUCAGACCGGCCGCCCUGUUAGCCAGACAAGGGAGAGGGGGACAGCGUAUAGGCGGACAGCGUAUUGGGGGACAGCGUAUUGGAGGACAGUUUGGAGGAACUUCAACAAACAUCAGACGAACACGAGGCUUUGGAGGAGGAACAGCUGGGCAAGGAAUGAAUGGUCAGACAUUUGGUGGUCGGUUAGGACGUGGAAUAGGAAAUGGAAUGACCGGAGGAAUGACCGGAGGAAUGACCGGCGGAUUAGGUGUCAGGGGUGGUAUGGGAAUGAAUGGUCUUGACCAGUUCGAAUUCGGAGGACAACAGCGAGGAACCGGUCUGGGAGCUGGAAUUGGAGGACGUCAGUUUGGAGGAGCGUUAAACACAGGUUUAGGGCGUCGUCAACAGUUUACCAGGGGCUUAAACACUGGACUUGGAGGAGCCAGAAGUAGCAGAGUAGGGGGGACCGUUAUGAACCGUCAAUUCACCACUGGUGGUGGAAUAAAUGGAUUGAAUGGUGGAUUAGAUAGUGGGAUGAAUGGGUUGAAUGGUGGAUUAAAUGGUGGAUUAAAUGGAUUGAAUGGUGGAUUAAAUGGUGGGUUGAAUGGUGGGUUGAAUGGUGGAUUAAAUGGGUUGAAUGGUGGAUUAAAUGGUGGACUAAAUGGAUUAAAUGGUGGGUUGAAUGGUGGGUUGAAUGGUGGAUUAAAUGGAUUGAAUGGUGGAUUAAACGGUGGAGUAAAUGGAUUGAAUGGUGGAUUAAACGGUGGAGUUAAUGGAUUGAAUGGUGGAUUAAACGGUGGAGUUAAUGGAUUGAAUGGUGGAUUUAACGGUGGAGUUAAUGGAUUGAAUGGUGGAUUUGAUGGCGGACAAACCGGAGGACUGUCAGGUGGAUUAGGAAAUGCUGGAGCAGCAACUAAUUCUUUUCAAAGUGGUGGACUCGGCGGUCGUCAGUUAGGAGGGUCGCAGUUGGGCGGGGGAUUGAACUUGGGACUCGGAGCGUCUUCGACGCAAGGGGAAUUCGGCAGUGUGGGAAACACUGCUAAUCAAUGGAACUAGAAAAUCCGACUAACGUCCCAUCAUCCAAUUUCGUCAUCGUUUUGAAACAUUUCUAUUACUGCCAUCAAUGAAAACCGUUAUCACAUUUCAAGAAGAAGAAGAGUGUCGGUGCGUGAGACAAGGGAGAUAACUCUGGCAUACCUGCACUUAUCAUUUCAAGCAACAUUUUUGUAAAGAUUUAAAUAUUUUGAAGGCACAAACGAUUGCCAUUUGUGUAGGAAUACACAUUCAUAAACGUUUAUGUUCCAUUAAUGUUUUUGUGGAUUAUUGGGAUACAAUGUUUUUUUUAGAAACUAGUUUACCUGAUCUAGCGCCUAUCAUCUAUUUCAUUAGCGCGAGGAACAGGAACAUAUUUUAUAAAACAGCUCGACAUUUUAACAUGCUUUGUAAAUAAUAUCUAUCAAUUUUGACAUGGAUGCCCCAUGUACAAGCCUACAUACGUCUACCUCAUAUUGUUUAUAUAUUAUAGUUGGAAUGUGUAUGUAUUAUAAGUGUAUAAACGAUGAUCUAAGGCUUUCAUUUGAAUAUCAUAUAUAAAUGUAUUUUUUUUCCGUUUAUGAGAUAUUUUUCUGAAAUAGACAUGAAAGCGAAGCAAAACUGAAAAGAUUAAAUCAAUCGGGCAUUCCAUUGAAAUAUGCGUAUAUAUUGUAUUUAACAGGGAGCCAUUGGAUUAACAUGUUUAUUACUGUGCCUUAAUUCCCGAAAUGAGAGGUAAUUUGUUUAAUGACCCGUCAAAAUAAUGUUGUUUAGUCGGGUUAUUUAAUUGGAUGUCACAACCACAUAUCGCCUUUGUAUUGAGGGGUUAUACUCGAGUUUGUAUCAAACUAUUUGUUUCUCCGGAACACAUUGGAACUUUUCACGGGAAGAAGAUGAUACAGUAUGAUACAAGUGAUUGUUUACAGUGAAAUAAACGUACAUUUUUUGUAUAUAAACAAAUACAUGUUGUCAUCCGGAACACCUCGGACCUUUCUUCGGGACCGUUUUCUUUAAUCGCGAUCCAAACGGUUAAACCGGUUGGACCAGAGUUGUUCGUUUAUGAAAUAAGAUCGGACUCAGUAAUCUGAUGCUGCUUUCAGGCGAUCCUUGACAACGCCUUGCAAGGCCUGCAUAAACUUUUUUCAGGUCCGCCAGGAUAAACAGGGCCCUAGAAGAAGACCCGAGGUGUUCCGAAAAACUCUUUGUUUAAAAAAACGCCCUAAAAGAUCACCCGUAUCAUACUAAAAAAUGAACAUAUUUCAUUGGUAAACAUAUUAUCAACAUGCAUAUAAAAUUUGAUUUUAUGUCAUUGUGAAACGUGUUUUUAAUAUGCAUGCUGUCGUUGUUGAAUUGAUUACAAUUUUGUUUAAUUAAACCAGAACACCUAUACAUUAA